GGCUGAAUCAGUUCGAGAGACCGGUCUUUCCGGCGGCCUGGCCUUGAUGUACUAAUGUCGGGACUACAUUUCCCGGCCUGCCCUUUUUCCUGCUCGUCACUUGCCAUGUGCUUCUUGUUUUCCCAGCAUCCCCUAUCUACUUCCGGGUUCCGGAACUGUGAUAGGAGAAAGUAAAGGAACUCUGCCCCUCUCCACGCCAUGGCGGAGGUGAUACAGAAGAAGCUUCAGGGGGAAUUGGAGAAGUACCAGCAGCUACAGAAGGACUUGAGUAAGUCUAUGUCUAGUCGACAGAAGCUGGAGGCACAACUGACAGAAAAUAACAUCGUGAAAGAGGAGUUAGCGUUACUGGAUGGGUCCAAUGUGGUGUUUAAGCUUCUGGGCCCAGUGUUGGUCAAACAGGAACUGGGGGAGGCUCGAGCUACUGUGGGCAAGAGACUGGACUAUAUCACCGCAGAGAUUAAAAGAUAUGAAUCUCAGCUCCGAGACCUUGAGAAACAGUCUGAAAAACAACGUGAAGCCCUGGCUCAGUUACAGCAGGAGUUCCAGCGUGCCCAGGCUGCCAAGGCAGGGUCUAUGGGAAAGGCUUGACCUCUCUGGUUGGAGACGGAAUAAAGGAGGGAAAGACUGUGGGUUACCUGCACUGUGGCAAAUAAAAUGUGAAAAGACCUGA